AUGAUUCCGAACGUUGUUCUGGAACCUGCAAUGAUGAGACACCUCCGGCUGAUGAAGGUCAGGAUGGAAGGGAACGUGGCUCAGGACAUACACAUGAGGUACAUCCAAGCUGUCCAGGCCUUUGACAACUCCGAGGUCUCAGUGACAGACGAGGCAACAGCGAAGAGAGAGCUCGGUGUGAUUACAGAGAUAUACCACGUUCGACUGCUGCUACUCUAUACAGACACUGCGUACGUAAAGAUUACGAUGGAGUACAAGGAGUCUUUUGCAAACCAGGAGACGCCACAGAGCUCAGUGCGGGACUACUGGGAUAGUCUUUUGUUCAAAAUGGUCAAGAAUAAUAGAGGCUUGUGGACCGAUAGCAGAGACAUUGGGCAGUACGAUGUCUGGCCCCUGCUGCUAAUCAACUGCAACCUGCCGCCGUCUGAGAGGGUCCUGAAAAAAAACCUAAUUCUGUGCGGCAUAAUACCAGGGCCUGGCAAUCCCAAGGACCUGGGGUCCUUCUUGAAGCCAAUGAUUGAUGAAUUCCUCACACUGCAGGUGGGGGUAAAGGCUUGGGACGGGCUGCGAAAGGAGAGAUUUAUACUGCGCGCUAACAUAGCCCUAGUGGCAGGAGAUACGGUUGCAAUGGCCAAAUUGAUGAAAUGGACUGGUCCUAAUAGCUUUCGGUACUGUCGCUUCUGUGCCAUCUAUGGUAUCAGCGAGGGACACAUAUAUUGUCCUCUGGAACCCCCACGUGACCGUAAGGACGCUCUGGGGGGGGAGGCUAGGCGCAAGGGGAGUAGGGUUCCAAAGAGGAAUGCAAAUUUCCCCGAAAAGUCGUGGGAUGCAGAGAAUCUCCCGAUUUGGACCGACGCACAAGUGCGCGAAAACCAGAAAACGGUGGAGGAGACAAUGGACCUGCAAUGGGGCAAAAUGAUGGGGACCAAUGGAGAGCCUGUCUUUAGCUCCCUCGUGUCGGUGGUGUACCCUUGGACGUUCACGCCGGACGUUAUGCAUCUGGUUGAUGAAAACACGCCUAGGUUAUACCUGGCGCAAUGGAUGGGGGUGUUCCGGGACAGGGAACUAGCGCUCCGCGCAAAGAUGGCCCAGGCCGAGGUUGAUGCUUCGCAGGUUGGAUCAUCGCAUGCCCAAUCCGAGGGCAUGAGCCAGUCACAAGUGGAGGUGCAGCAAGAGUCUCAAUUUGAUAGCCAGACAAACACACAGCAGGGUGGCUCUCAGAGCCAGACCCAGGGUGAGCGGAGGAAACGUCGCAAGGGCAGGCGGGGGGUUAGCUUUAAUGCUGAUAUAGAAGAGGACUACGUGGAGGAUGCGUUUAUCUUACCCAAAAGAAUGUGGGACAGGAUUGGGGAGGAAAUUGCGGGCUCAAGGGCGUCGAUACCAAGUGCGUUUGGCAAGGCAUUCCGGGAUAUCAAGUACCACGCAAGCUACAAGGCUACAGAGCUGAUGAACUUCAUGCAUCUGAUAUCCCCCAUUGUGCUCAACCAACGGCUGCCUGCCGAGUACUAUAGCCACUGGCACCACUUUGUACUAGCCAGCGAGAAGGCCCGGCGGUACCAGCUGAGCAUGGAGGACGUCGCUGAGAUGGAGCGAGACAUGGUUCAGGUUGUGACGGGGUAUGAGCGUCUAUACUAUCAGUACAAGCUCUCCAAGAUCCGUGGCUGCACCACGCAGGUGCAUGGGCUGCUGCACCUGGGCAUGGCCAUGAAGGUCUGCGGCCCGAAUCCGAUAUACCACCAGUACCCAAUGGAGAGGACAUGUGGAACGAUCAAGGCAAUGUGCCACAGCCGUUCGUCUGCUAAUCGUAAUCUUUCAUUGCAGCUGCUUGAGCGGGAGAGGCUCAGGUACCUGCCUUUGAUUGCUUUGGUGCCGCCUGGCUUUAGUGAGACCGCCGAGAGACGUCUGUUUGGACUGGGAGAGAAGGACAAGGUUGCCUAUCCAGCAGAGUACCCGGACUGCCUCUUGAUGGGCCCCAAGAUCUCCCGCCGGUUGAAUCAGUACGAGCGGAACCACCUGAGGCAGUUCCACGCUGACGUGAUAGGUGUGCCAGUGAGGUCGAGAGAGAUUGUUGGGAAUCCAAUGCUGUUCAGCGGCAUAUUCAAGCUCUGGGGUAGGGCAGUUGCGGGAAGAGUUUUGAGCAAUAGCAGCGAGCAUGAGGUGGUAGGAUCGGCCAUCUCCAACCCAAAGCCUGGUGUCUGUUCGUCCCGCAGGGAUGACUCCUGUGUCAGGUACAUAUUGACCGGCGAUGGGGACAACGAUGUCUCAUACUUUGGCAAAGUAAUGUUCUUCAUGCCGUACGAGAUACACAAUGACGAGAGGCUUGAGGACGAGCCAGAGCGUUUCAUGAUGGCCUACAUCCAGCGGUUGGAGGUGGGGAGGGUGAGGAAGCUCAAGUUGGCAUACAUAAUCAACAGACAACAACGGGUCCUCAAGGAGUUUGUUGAUCUGUCCGAUGUACAGGAACUGAUAGGUUGCAUCAAGUCGCGCGGGAAGGAGUUUUUGGUGUCAAGGACGUCGUGCUUCUGGCCAAAGAAGGGUUUUGCUUGGUGGGAAGUUAUUGACAACGAGGCGCUUUUUAUUGGCGCUAACGUGCAGUAA